AUGGACUAUGAGGGCAUUCUUGAUAAAACAAGAGUAUUCAGUGAUAAAAAUCUUUUAGAACUGACAAAGGAAGAUGUAGAAACCUAUUUAUCAUUUUUAGGAUACACAAAAUCCCCUAAGCCAUGUCAAAAGAGUUCUGAGAUAGCAGAAAGUGGUAACGAAGUUAAAAAUAUACUAUUUUUUCUCCUUUGUAAAUUGUUACAAGAUUACUCAAACUAUUUAAGCCCUAAAAAAGUCAAUAAGAAUGGUAAAGAAGAACUGAAAAAAGAGUUGAAAAGUCAUCAUUAUGACCUAUUCAGAUGUUUGAUAUUGAACAUAGAAAAAAGAACAAAACUUUCAGUUUAUAACCCAGUGUUUUUAAAACUCAUUCACUUUAACAUCAAUGAAAGAGAGGUGAAUUUAAAGGAGGAUGAUUUAGAAACAUGUGAGGAGAAACUGAGGAGCAUUUUACACCUAACUUCAGCGUUAUAUUUUAAUUAUGGUUCACAAAUCCAUAAUAAAAAUGAGAUAAUAGCGUUUAGCAGUAAUGAAUUGAAUGAAUUGACAGAGUUGCUGUUGACUGAUAUAACCAUAUUUGAAAAUCUCUUGAAUCGUUCCGGUAAUUUGAGUGAAAAUGAUCUGAAGCCGCUGGUUAAGACGCUUUCUGUGAUAUUGAAGAGAAUAGAGGUCCUUUUCAGAGUAAUAAAAUUCACAAACAAGCCUAUUAACACUAAGUUCCUGAAUCAACUCUUCGUGUUCAUUUAUCAUCUGGAUCAGUUUAAGAAGAUUAACUCAAAGGUUAUGAAUACUUCUGAAAAGUGUAUAGAGAAUACAACUAAUGGCUUGGGUGAGAUUGAGGAAAAUAUAUUUGAAGUAAUCAAGGGAAAUGUAGAAGAUAAUGUUAUACAUUUAAUGAACAAUUUUAGUAAUGAAGACAAUGUUGAGAAGGAAAAGGAGACCGUAAAAAAUGAAAAAACGUACGGGUUUUUUCUGUUAUUACCAAAAAUAGUUGAAAAUAUACCUGAAAAUCAAGAAACUAUCAAAACUAUCUGCAGUAAACUGAUGUCGUAUGUUACUGAAUUUCCCCAGAAAGAUGAUAAGACAAGUAACCCCCAAGUAACACUUAUUGCAAUAAAAUCCUAUUAUAACAUAUUACUGGUAGUUAAGGAUAAGACUUUUCUCUUGAGUGUUGUUACAGAAUCGAUGGAGUUUAUAUUCGGUCAACUAUUUCGUUUCUACGAGCAAUUUGCCUCAUCGAACAGUAAUCAUAGGGAAAGGAAUAAUAAACGACAAAGUAAACUGCUGAAAGAAGAACUGGACUACUACUGGAAACUACUGACAGUAGUUAGUAACGUAAAAUUGGAACUAGUUGACCAGAAUAUGGAGAAGUUGUUCGAACUUUUAAAAAAAGAUUUUCAAAUAUUUUCAACCAAUUUAUUGGGAAAGAAAACGUUGUCGUUACUCAAUGAUAUAUCCUGCAACUACAAACCAAAGCAAAAUGAUGAUAGUGAAGUGGAUAGAUUUUUAAAAAAUUUAGUACUGCAGUAUAACAGCAUAAGCCAGUUGAGCUCAAUUUUCAAGUACAUACAUUUAAAUUCAAAAAAUAGACAAAAUGAAGAUGUAGAAGAUAUGGAAAUUGGUGGUGAAAGAGUUCAGAAACGUAAGCUUAUAAUAUACAAAGAUACAGUUAAGACUAAUUCUGGAAAAAAGCUUAAAACGUCAGAAAAUGAUUUGAAUGGUGUCAAACAUGACGCUAAUGAAAAAUCAGGUGUCCAGAAACCAUUUGAAAUUAACCAUUUGAAUAAUUAUUCAAUUCUUAAGGCUAUAAAUGAACUUGAGGUUAACAGUAUUGAAAUAAUGGAAAACUUAAAGAUAAUGGAGGAGUUUGAUAUGGAACUACAUACCAUUGUGGUGGUGUACCUUAGUAGGGUGGAGUUUAACACGUUGAAUGUAAGCAAAUUGGCAAAACAAUUCGUGUUGUUUUGUUCAAAAAUCUCAGUUUCUGACGAUGUGGUAGGAUUGUCGCUGCUUUUACAGUUGAUUCGGGUCUCAAGAAAAUUGCUUUCCCUACUUAGUCCACAAGUGGACCCUACGGAAGUACUCGAAGAUAGUGAAGACAAAUUCUUGGAAAAUGAACAGGAUUUGAUUAAGAGCUUGUUGAUAGUAAUAUACAACGUUUAUGUUUAUGUAAAGGAGAAUUUUGACACUUCGAAGAAUGAAAUGAUAAUGUUGAAUAUACUAUACAACAUAAUGCUGGUAAACAAUGAACAGUUUAAAGUUGCUGCAGAUUUCUAUCAUAAAAAUGAUAAAACACAAGAAAUAACACCAAAAGAGAGUGGUUUAAGAUUAUUUAAGAUGGAAAUUGAACAGUUGUUAACGAAACUGUUGAGUAAUUGUACAAGUAAGGAGGUCGCUGGAUUCAUUUUGACUAGGAUUAAGUUGUUUGAAUGCGAAAACUUGAAGGAAAAGUUGUGUAAUUUGUCCUCUCCAGAACUAAGCGAGUACUAUCCGAACCUUAACAAGGAGACUUCAAUGUAUUGUUUCAAAAAAUUAAUUACAGAUAAGAAAAUUAACAACGAGAAACUUAGGAAUAUAGGGUCAUUGCUGGAUAAUAUAGUUGGGCGUGAUAACGAGGAAGUAGUAGAUAUAUUGUUAACUAAUAUAAACACUAAAUUUAGAAAAUUGGCCUCACCCUCGUCUGUUUUUGUGGAAAGGAUAACCAUAUUGAUGGAAUUGUUGUUAUUUGUGUUAAAUUACGAAUUCCCACUCAAUGUCUCUAAAACCUGUAAAGCAGUGGUUUGUAACGCAAAGAACGUAUUUGAUAUUAUAGUCUGGCUCAAAACAGUUGUAGACUCUGGAGAAAAAAUGAAAAUAGUUAAAAUGUUCAGUAAAUACUAUUCAAUAUUCACAGAGUAUAUAUGUAAAUACAGUGGGACUGUAAAUGGAGCUGAAAGCUCAGACAAAGAUGAUUGUGGGUUGAAAAAUACCUGUGUUCUAGUGAAUAAUUUGUUGUUAAACUACCUAAAAAAGCGGGAAAAUGGUUCUAAAACAGGUAAUGAAACAAGUGAAUCAGGUAAUGAAGAUGGUGAGUAUUGGGAGGUGUAUUUUCUGUACGAAUAUAUAAAGUGUUUGAAAAUAAAAAAUGUUGAUAUUUACAAUAAACUAUCACUAUCGACUAUAUUAAGGGAAGCUAUUAUAUCAUAUUUUAAUUCUAGAAACAGUGAUAGUCAUCCUGAUAAAGAAUUAGGUAAUUUGGUAGUAAAACAAGAUGAUAUUGAACUAGUGUUCAAGAAUGUGGACUUAAUAGAUAAUAAGUAUAUAUCUAAAUUGAUCCUCUACUACUUAAAUUCCAGAAAAUUCCAAUUUAAAGCGGAUUGUGAUGGAGACAAAUUAUAUAAGUUAAUUAUGUGUGUUAUAAAAUCGCUGAAAAUUAGGUGCUCAUCAAGUGUAUCGAAGGAGAUAGAUGAACUGAACAGAUUUUUAAAAGAUAACACGGACCUUAACAAUGAAUUGAUUUUAAUAACAUUGGAUCACCUGAUUGAAAGGGAUGAAAAUACGCCAAUUUUUCAAACUAUAGACUGUAGGAAUGAGUUGAUAUUACUGUUGUCACUGAUUAAUGCCAGUAAAGACGAAAACUUAUAUUUGUUUGAAAGAAUUAUUGAACUAUUGAACAAACACCAAGAUUAUAUAAAUAAGAGUGCCGAAGAUAAUUUUUCUAAGUCAGUGGAAGAUAACUUGAUACUAAACUAUGUAAUAGUGUAUAAACUGAACCAACGUACCGUACCUGACAAGGUUAAAGAUAACAUACUAAAGUUAGUACAAAUAAUAUUGAAGAUUAUAAAUAAGAUAAAGGGAGAUAGUGAAAGAAGGGAUUACUGUAAUAUGCUGUUGAAAUUGAUUAAUGUGUUAGUUGGGAGUGUUAGUAAGAACAUUGACCUCCUAAUUUAUUUCUAUUACCAAUUUAACCACUACGUCGUAAACACUAGCCAUACCGGAGAUGAUUGGAAAUUUUUGAUUAGAUUUACCACCUCAAUAAUCAACUACAACACUGUUAAAUACAUCAAAUCCUAUGUCCCAUUGUUAUUGACCGUGGCAGUCAACACACUUUAUGAACUAGAAAAAAGUAGUGAAAAGAGGUUUUUGAACGCAAGAGAGGUUAAGAUUCUGAGAAAGUGUAUAGUAAAACAUAUAAAAACAACUGCAAGUAAGGCUAGAAUAUAUAAAUUACUCAAGAAUGAAAUUAAACCAUUUUUCAAAGAGAUGGUGUCGAGGUGA